GUUCCAGCAGUAUCGCAAAUGAAAUUUUAGUUUUUAACUGCAAUUUCCGUGUGACAAUUUCUAUCGUUUCAACAUAUUGUUCUAUAAAAACGAACUAAUCAUGUUUCUCUCAGUGAAUUAAACAAAGUCAUGAAAUACGAAACUACAUUGACAGCUCAUUGCUAGCUCUGAAUGCUAAUUGGCCUAAAAGUUUGGGAGAGUUAAUAUCAACUUUUUGUGAACUAUUUGGAUUAAUUUACCUGUACUUGGAGUUUGAACACUCGGCAAAAGUGUGUGAAAAUGCCGGUGUUCCAUACAAAAACUAUAGAAAGCAUUUUAGAGCCAGUGGCUCAACAGGUAUCCAAACUUGUGAUUCUCCAUGAAGAAGCAGAAGAUGGAAAUGCCAUGCCAGACCUGGCUAGGCCAAUACAGGUGGUCAAACUGGCUGUCGAUAAUCUUGUCAAGGUUGGAUAUGACACAAUCAACAGCAGUGAUGAUCAAAUUUUGAAACAAGACAUGCCACCCGCUCUACGUAGAGUAGAGGAAUCCUCCAUUUUGCUUCUGCAAGCAUCUGAGAUGCUCAGAUCAGAUCCAUAUUCUGCUCCAGCCCGAAAGAAGCUUAUUGAGGGAUCAAGAGGAAUUUUACAAGGUACCUCAGCAUUAUUGUUGGCCUUUGAUGAAUCAGAGGUUCGCAAGAUUAUACGGGUUUGUAAAAAUGUACUUGAAUAUUUGGCCAUCACUGAAGUUGUCGACAGAAUGGAAGAUCUAGUAACUUAUGUGAAGAAUCUCAGCCCAGUCUUGACAAGAAUGACGAAGGAAGUUGAUGCACGUGAAAAAGAAUUGACUCAUCAGGUUCAUCGUGAGAUGUUGAUACGCUCUCUCGAACAAGUGAAAAAUCUCACACCAGUUCUUAUAUCAGGAAUUAAAAUCUUCAUCACUGCUAAACAAACAAAUCAGGGAAUCCCAGAUUCACAGACAAAUCGUGAUUACGUGGUACGUAAGAUGUCGGACGAGAUCCACGAGAUUAUUCGUGUGCUACAGCUGACAACUUAUGAUGAAGAGGAGUGGGAUGCUGAUGAUCUCGCCGUCAUGAAGAAAGCACAGAGUGCCAUAGAACAAAAAAUGAAGCUUGCCCAUGAUUGGUUGGCUGAUCCUUCAGCUCUCGUUGGUAGCUCAGGUGACAAAUCAUUACGUCAAAUCCUGGAGGAUGCAAAACGAAUAGCCGACUGUUGUACCAACCCUGAAGAUAGAGAUAGAAUUUUAAAAUCUGUCAGCAAUCUGGAAUCUAUGAGCCAAGCUUUAAAUGAACUUAGACAGCAAGGAAAGGGCAAUAGUCCACAAGCAAUGUCAUUAGCCAGAGAAAUGCAGCAGCAGUUGAAGGAGUUACAGAACCUGACAGGGGCGGGAAUAAUGAACACAGAGAGGAGUGGCAUUAGGAAACCCGCCCCCACAGUUGAGGGCAAGGUGGACCAAGCUCAAAGAUGGUUGAAUAACCCAGCCAUGGAUGAUAGAGGACUUGGUGAACAAGCAACUAGAAUGGUUGUAGCAGACGGACGUAGGAUAGCUGCUGGUUGUUCCGGUCCACUCCGGUCCGAUCUUCUACGACUGUGUGACGAAACAGAAAUUCUUACAAAUCAACUUGCUGAUCUUAUUGCUAAAGGACAAGGAAACUCACCUCAAGCUAAGGCUAUUGCCAGACAUCUAUCAGAAAAACUUCAUAACCUAAAGACUAAAAUCCAAGAGGCGUUAGUCAAUCAAGUAGCGGAGGACUUUAUUGAUAUCACUACACCAUUAAAACAACUUACUGAAGCAUCAAUGGUGCCUUUAGGUACCGCUGGUAGAGAAGCCAACUUUGAAGACAAGAAACAUAACUUUGAAGGUCAUGCUAGAAAACUUGCUGACACAGCUAAUAUGGUAGCCACAGCUGGUGGUUGUAGGAAUAAAAAAACUGUAGAGGAAAUAUUCAAAGCUUCAAAACAGGCAAAUGAUUUAACACCUCAAGUGAUGACUGCAGCAAAAAUUGUGUUCAACAACCCUGACAAUCAAGCGGCUGUAGAGCAUUUUGAAUUGUUGAAGAAACAAUGGAGUGAUAACAUGGAGAGAAUGAGAAAUCUUGUAGACGAGGCUGUUGAUUCUACAGCAUUGAUCAAAGCUGAAGAGGAGGGCAUUCUGAGGGAUACAGACCGUGUUGAAGAUGGCAUCAGAACAGUUGAUUCCCCGAAGAUUGUAACAAAUGCGUCAAACAUUGCCCGACGAGCAAAUCGUGUCCUACAAGUAGCUCAACAGGAGGCAGAGAAUAGCGAAGAUCCGAAAUUUGUAGAUAAUGUUAACAGAGCUUCGGAACAACUUAGAUCUACUAUAACUCCAAUGGUGCAAUGUGCGAAGGUUGUUUCUAUGCAACCACAAGACCCUGGUGCUGCCAACAAUUGGAGGUCAACAAAUCAAGGGCUGAUCAAAGCUGUCGGUGAGGUACGAAAGGCGGUGGAUGUGACACCCGAGGGAUUCCGUGCCGAGGAGAUGUUUCCCCCACCCCCAGACCUCUCACAACUUCAUAUAUCAGAGCCAACAUUCACAGCGCCUCCACCUAGGCGACCCCCUCCGCCUCAGCUGGCGCCCUCGCAGGAAUUUAGCGACAUAUUCGGACUAGGUAGUCCCAAAGCGUCGGUAGACAGGCCGGAUGGGUCUAGCCCGAUAGUUUACAAUAGUCCACAUAGUACAAUUAGGUUUUACCCGUCAUCAGCAAUCCCUGCUUCAACAAUACCGAGAGAGGUGGCAACAACACUUUCUUUCAAUCCAGUUACCGAUAUUAGAAAGCAAGUUCCGAAAAAAAGUUUUGUUUUAAUGUCACCCGCAGCAUCGCCCACAUUGCAAUGGACAACUAUUACAGUUCCUGUGAAUCAACAUGAUAAAAUAUUACCUGUUAGAGCUGCCAUGAAGAGAGACCAGCAAAAUGCCGUCCAUAGGCCGGCUCCGCCUCCAGUCCCAGUGGCUCCGCCUAUACCCCCGCCUCCAGCAUACAGCUCUUAUUAUGAAGAUGGACCACCCCGCCCUCCAUUGCCAUCGGAUACAAUGCCACCACGCCCACCACCACCAGAAACAGAUGAUGAAGAUGACAUGAAUUUCCCAAUUCCUCAGGAAAACCAGCCCAUUAUGAUGGCCGCCCAUGCUCUUCAUAUGGAAGCUAAACAAUGGUCCAGUAAAGACAAUGAAAUUAUUGCUGCUGCCAAACGAAUGGCCUUCCUUAUGGUGAAACUCAGUCAGCUAGUCAGAGGUGAAGGAGGUACGAAGAAAGAUCUGAUCUCGACAGCAAAGGGCAUAGCUGAGGCCUCAGAGGAGGUGACACGUCUUGCCAAGAAACUUGCUGCUGAGUGUACUGAUAAGAAGAUGAGAACUAAUUUGUUACAAGUUUGUGAAAGAAUCCCAACAAUUGGUACUCAGCUGAAAAUACUCUCCACUGUGAAAGCAACAAUGUUGGGAGCCCAAGAGCCAAUACCAGCUCCUGAUGGCAGUGAAAUAGCCUGCGGUUCAGAAGAAGAUCAAGAAGCUACAGAAAUGUUGGUUGGUAAUGCCCAAAAUCUGAUGCAAGCCGUCAAGGAAACAGUGCGUGCUGCUGAAGCUGCGUCCAUCAAGAUCCGCGUCGACUCCGGAUACACAAUCCGCUGGUUGAGAAAACGACCAUGGUAUACGUGAAGUAACAGCACUAUUUAGCGAUGUUAUAAUUACUUUAGAUAAUCAAUAUAGUCCAUAUUGUAUCAAAUAAUGAAAGAAAAAAAAAAUUAGAAAUGAAAUAAAGAUAAUCCAUGUACAUGCAAUUUAAUGAAAUUAUUUAGAAUGCUUAUAAAGCUAGUUAUAUGAUUUUUGUCUCGUUAAAGAAAGCCUAGUGUACUCCUGCCGUUGUUAAUGAAGAACUAUUUUUAGAAAAAUAAAGUCCAUGACAUGUUUCUGGUCCGAGUGAUAAAUCUUAAACUAUGCAAUGUAAUAUAAUAUGGGUUUCUUGACCUUUCUUUGGAAAUAUUGGGAUUUUUCCUGUUGUCAUAGAUAAGUUAUUAUCCGUCAUUCAGUUUAUUGAUUUAUACUGUUUGAAAUUGACUUGGUGCAACCAAUAAAUAAUAGACUUUGUAAAUUAUCGAAUAAUGUUCUUGGCUAGAUGGAAAGAUAUAGGAAAUAUAUAUGAUCUAAAAUGAUUUAUGUCUAUCCAUUAAAUCAUUACAUAAUCUGAUCUAACACAUUUAUCAUGUGAGAUUUGAUAAAAA